ACAUGAAUUCAAUAGAAGAAGAAAGCUUUCCUGAUUUCACCAAUCUGUUCUUGUUAGCAGAAUGCGCUUGUGCUGGCCGACCAUCUUCACCUCCUCCAUGCAAGAAGCUCUGUGGGCCUGGCCUACCAUCUUCAUCUCCUCCAUGGAAGAAGCUCCACGGACCUUGGCCACCAUCUUCAUCUCUUCCAUACAAGAAGCUCCGUGGGCCUGAAGCACCACCUCUCAUUGGGUGGCUUGAGGCCCAUGUACGUCUCAAGGGCACCACACCUCUAUGUUUUGGCCAAAAGCUACUAACACAGACAGACACCGAAGAUAAUCACAACCGUUUGUUGAUCCCUAAGGAAAUGAUAAGGCAGAUCAUGUUGGCAAAUGUGAUGACGGACGAGGAGAAGGCAAAAGUGAGGUCGGGGAACGAGGGCUUGCACGUGUUGGUUUUGGACCGUAUGGGCCGGACGUGGGGGCUGGUGUUCAAGUACUGGGAGAGCUGCAAUAGCCAUGUGCUGAUUGGGAAAUGGAAGAGGCUGGUGAAAGAGAAUGGUUUGCGGGCCAACGUUGAUCACGUAAAUCUGUGGGCCUUUCGGGCAGGUGGGCCCAACGGCCCGUUGCGCUUCGUCGUGGCAUGAGAAGUUGCACUGACAUGAUCUAUACGAGGGUACAAGUGUA